AUGGACGAACUGUGUGAGGUAAACUUAGGCACUGAGUCAGAUCCUAUGCCUAUUUUUUAUAGUGCCCUACUGUCUGAUUCAGAGGCUCAAGAAUACAUCAAGUUACUAUCAGAGUUUAGAGACUAUUUUGUCCGGAACUAUAUCGAGAUGCCUGGUCUAAAUCCAGAGGCAUGCCCUAAGGAUAAUUUUCCUCUCCCCAUUCCUAAGCUUAUGCUGGAUAUAGCAUCAUCCCAUAGCAUCUUCUCAUCUAUGGAUGGUUCAUCUGGUUACAAUCAGAUAAAAAUGGACCCCAAGGAUGAGAAGUUUACUGCUUUCCGAACACCUAUAGGUGUCUUUUGUUACAAGGUGAUGCCCUUCAGUCUCAAGAACGUCGGAGCCACCUAUCAACGUGCCAUGACUGUCAUUUUCGACGAGAUGAUAUAUGAGCAUGUUGAAUGCUAUGUGGAUGAUUUGGCUGUCAAAAGCAAGGUCUGUGGAGAUCACCUUAGAGAUCUACAAAUCAUUCUUGAACGCCUGCGCAAAUUUGAUUUAAAGAUGAACCCUUUAAAUUACGCAUUUGGAGUCAGUGCAAAAAAGUUCUUAGGGUUUAUAGUUCGCUACCGUGGCAUUGAAAUUGACCCCUCUAUGAUCAAGGCCAUAGUAGAUUUAAAACCCCCUAAGAGUCUUACCCAGUUGAGGUCCUUUCAGGGUAAACUCGCUUUCUUGCGGAGAUUUAUCUCCAAUCUUUAUGGUAGGUGUCAUCCUUUCUCUGCACUAGUGAAGAAGGAUGCCCGAUUCCAUUGGGAUGAUAGUUGUCAGGAGGCCUUUGAGAGUAUAAAUUGCUACCUGACGAACCCCCCACUUUUAGCUGCACCUAUCCCAUGUAGGUCAUUGAUUCUCUACACUACGGCCCUGGAUGAGUCUUUAGGUGCAUUGUUGGCUCAAGAGAAUGAGGAAGGCAAGGAGAAUGCCUUGUACUACCUCAGUAGGCGACUAAUACUUGCAGAGCUUAAGUACCUAGCGAUAGAAAAACAAUGUUUAGCCUUAAUAUUCGCGCGGGCCAUCAAAGGACAGGCUCUAGCUGACUUUCUGGUCGAUCACCCGAUCCCUGCUUAUUCACCACUCAAUGAUGAUCUACCUGAUGAAUUAAUCUUGAUUAGGGUAGGAUUAGGCCUGAUUUUUGUGUCUCCUGAGGGUCAUACUCUAUGGUACUCCUAUAGCUUAUCAGAACCUCAUACUAAUAAUGAAGCUGAGUACGAAGCUCUGAUUUUGAGGCUAGAGUUGGACAUUCAGAUGAGUCUUACGCGGGUGAAGAUCUUUGGAGACGCCCAACUGAUAAUCAAUCAAGUAGCCGGAGUCUACAAAGUACUUAAGCCUGAGCUCAUUCCAUAUCAUAAUAAAGUAAUGGAGCUCUUGAGCUUAAUAUCAGAAGUAACUUUGGCCAAGGUCCCUAGAUCUAAAAAUAGAAAAGCAUAUGCAUUGGCCAAGUUAGCAAAAGAAUUAGCUGACCCUACUAGAAACCCAGUGUCUAUUAUUGUCCAGUAUCGUCAAGCUCUGUGCCCCGCAGACUUGUCUUCUCUCAAUCAGACCCUUGCAGUAUUUGCUGUGGAUGAGGAGUCAGAUUGGAGAGAGCCCUUCAUAGAGUAUUUAAAAUAUGGUAGGCUUCCAGAUGAUAAGUCUCUCGCUGCUCAAAUUAGAAAGAGAGCCUUAUCAUUCGCCUAUAUAAAUGAGACUCUGUAUCGACGCUCUUUUGACCAAAUGUGGUUGAGAUGCCUCAGUAAAGAAGAGGCUAGUAGAGUCAUGAGCGAGAUACACGAAGGGAUUUAUGGUUCCCAUCAGUGUGGACCUAAAAUGAAAGACAGAAUUAAAUGCCUUGGCUAUUACUGGCCGACUAUGAUCCACGAUUGCAUGGAGCAUGCUAAGAGGUUAGAAGAGCUUGAUGGUUUAGAUGAGCUUCGCUUACGAGCUUAUCAAUGCCUUAAGCUAUGCCAGGCCCGAAUGACACGGCACUACGAGCGCCUUGUUAGACCCCGUGCUUUUCGAAGACCACCUCAGGCUCUGAGAUUUGGCGAGAGUGCUCCCACAUACUUCCUCCACCUUUCCCCACCAAAUCCCGGCGUCCUAGGCUCGCCAGCGGCGAAAAAUCCGGUGAAACCGAAGCUAAAGAUCUUUCGGGACUCCUACCGUCCGAUUGAGGCCUCUUCUAAGCUCAAGGUCAAGAGGAAGAUUGUUCCUACAGAUCCCACGAGUUCAUCGAGCCCAAAAUCAUCCAAUUCCAUCAAGUGGAUCGAGGCGAAAAUAGGGCUAGGCUUCUCGGUCCGGCUAGUUCCCAGCCGUGUGCUCUCUGGACCGUUGAUCCCUCUGAUCAAUGAUGCAGAUCCGAUCGGAUCCCUCCCUCGUUCAAACGCGGAAGCUCAUGGUCGGACCACGGUUCCGUCUGACCAAAUCUCGGUCGUCCAUCCAUCACAGAGCGAGAUUGGACGGUCCCGCACGCGUGCCGACGUGGAUGAGUCACUCGGCGGGACCGUGAGAUGA